AUGCGUAUUGGACAUAGGCAAAAAUCUGAGGUUGCUGAACCUGUCAUAAUCGUGUGUGGAACUGUAGGUGUGGCACCGCAGAAGCGGUUAGGGAAACGCAGCAUGUAUAGAACAGAAAUCUCUGCUUUUCUUGGUAUGAACUUGAAUACAACUGUAGAUUCUUUCUUGAGACUGGGGACAGCACCCGGUAGAUUUCCCAUCCAGGUUCUUCGACUCAGCCAUAUUAUAAGUAAGGCUAGGCGAUCUUCAGAGACUUCGAGAGCACCCACACAAGUUGCCACCAAGGAGUCACCAGCAGCUCCAGCCGGUGUCCCGGCACCUGAUACGCCUACUGGUACUACUACUCCAGCUCUUCCGGAGACCCUUGCAGAGUUCAUGAGCAUGUACACAACACUAGCUCAAGCAGGCGAAGAUGGUGUUUUGCGGUGUCAAGGUAGGUUAUGUGUUCCGGAUGUGGAUAGGCUUCUGGAGAGGGUGAUGGCAGAGGCUCAUAAUUCCAGGUAUUCCAUGCAUCCAGGUUCUACGAAAAUGUAUCAUGAUCUCAAGGAGGUUUAUUGGUGGAACGGCAUGAAGAGGGGUGUGGCGGACUUUGUAUCUAAGUGUCCAAAUUGUCAGCAAGUGAAGACUGACGGUCAGGCUGAGCGGACUAUUCAAACGCUUGAAGAUAUGUUGCGAGCUUGUGUCUUGGACUUCAAAGGUAACUGGGAUGAUCACUUGCCGCUUAUAGAAUUUGCUUACAAUAACAGCUUUCAUGCCAGCAUCCAGAUGGCCCCAUUUGAAGCAUUGUAUGGAAGAAGGUGUAGGUCUCCGAUUGGGUGGUUCGAACUGGGUGAAGCAGAACUGAUAGGGCCAGAUCUUGUGCACCAGGCUAUGGAGAAUGUUAAAAUCAUUCAGGAAAGGAUGAAGACUGCUCAGAGUCGCCAAAAGUCUUAUGCGGACGUUCGUCGGAGGGAGUUGGAAUUUCAAGUUGGCGAUUGGGUGUUCUUGAGGGUAUCCCCUAUGAAGGGGAUCAUGCGCUUCGGAAAGAGAGGUAAGUUGAGUCCUAGGUAUGUCGGGCCUUAUCGGAUCAAAGUAGUUGGAGAUCCGUCCACCAUCGUGCCAGUCGAGACUAUCAAGGUUAAUGAAGAGCUGUCGUAUGAAGAGGUUCCAGUUGCCAUUCUUGAUAGACAAGUCCGUAGGUUGAGAAAUAAGGAAGUUGCCUCGGUUAAGGUGUUGUGGCGAAGUCAACAAGUCGAGGAAGCUACGUGGGAAGCGGAGAAAGAAAUGAAAGAGAAAUAUCCCUAUCUAUUCGAUCAAGUCUAG